UUCUCGAGAUACUUAAAUCCUACACGAAACGAGAUCGCGUUCUUAGCACAUCUGGAAGUUAAACAGAACACAAAUAUUGCUGUUUUGUUUUCGGGUGUACAUAGUAUUAGUUCUAAUUCGUUGUCGAUUUGAACGAACGGUGCAGACGACACCAUGAGUUGUAAACAACCGUCACGUCUAAUAUCGUUUUCAAUAGACAAUAUUCUCACGGGUCGAGUAGACAAGAAAACUAAAUACGACCAGAGCAUCAGCACCGAUAACGAGCACAAUAAAAACACCGAAACGUGUGUCCAGUCUUGUCAGGCAGAACUAGAAAGUGGUUUUCGGAAGACCCAAAUUAAACAAGAACCGCCAGAAAGUCAAAAUGUCCAGCAAGUUGGCGAAAGUUCCAAAAUGGAAACUGAAAGUGACGAUGGACAUUUAGCGAGUGAUUGUGAGGAAAACUGUUCGUGUGCACAGGAAAGCUCGAGUCGGAUGAAUUGUUCAAGACAUUUGCAAAGUGAAAUUUCCACCAUUUCUUCUUUGCCUCCGUCCGAAACGGAAGAUUUCGAUGAUCAUUCGUUUACAGUCGGAGACAUUCGGAAUGACGCCGAGAUGUCACGAAACACAAAUCUCAAUCAUUCCGACUCUAACUCAGAACCAGUAGAGUUAGAAGAGGACGAAACAUCAAGUCCAAGCAGACCGAGAAAAAAACGUUCGCGAUCUUCAUUUUCUCAUGGACAGGUUUACGAACUGGAAAGACGCUUCCGUCAUCAGCGCUACCUAUCGGGCCCGGAGAGAGCCGACUUGGCGGCAGCUUUGAAGCUUACGGAAACACAAGUGAAGAUAUGGUUUCAGAACCGGAGAUACAAAACCAAGAGGAGACAACUGCAACAUGAGCAAGCUAUGGCGGAAAACGUCAAACAAGCGGCCGUGACAUUACUGGUGAAAGACGGCAAACGAAUGUUCGGUUCGCAGGACUACGGUCGGCCGCUGUUUUAUCCUUCGAUUCCUUUCCCUGGUUUCAACUGGUUCUACUGUGUGCACUAGACUGGUGUGGCUGGAGAAUAAAAUGACUAACAGUUAAAACGGUGAAGGACAGUAAUACUCAAUUUAGUUGAUACUUCGUAAUCACGUUUACCAGGCCACGUGUUCCUGUAUCCAACUUCAACAUGACAGGCACGGCGAAGCAGGGGGCUUGGGGGCAAGAGUCC